AUGUCUCUAAAGAAUAAGAGAAGCUCUGUAAAGAAAAGUGUCUCCUUUUCAGAUGAUAAUACACUGACUAGAAACAAUUUAAAGAAACAUGUUGAUCACGACAAUCCUCCAGUGUACGUUAGACGAACAACGUUAACGGUCCCUUGGCACAUUUUCGCACUGCUUUACUACUACAUCUACAUUUCGAAUUCUUAUGACACAGUCGCAUUGUUAUAUCUACUGAUACCUCUGCAAAUAACCUAUUUGGUAUUCCAGUUCAAUAAAUCCACGGUUUAUGGUAAGAAGCUCUUGAAGAUUAAACUUCCAUUAGUUUUAAUAUCACUAUGUGCUACACUACUAUUGACAAUACCAACUACAGUGAUUAUCAUUUUAUUUGGAGCUCCGUUAAUUGAAAAAUUGUUUGAAACUUGGUUGUUAUCAUUACACCUAUGUUUCCUGGCGUAUCCAGCCGUAUACCAAGUGUUUAAUGGAGACUUUAAAGUGGGAUUAUGGAAAAGAUAUUUUGUUAUGAUUGUCGUGGGAGCGUGGACAAGUUGUAUUGUUAUUCCGCUGGAUUGGGAUCGUUAUUGGCAAACUUGGCCGAUCCCGGUGGUUGUUGGCGGAUAUUUGGGGGCACUUGUUGGCUAUAGCAUUGGUGCAUUCAUCUAA